CAACAUUUUCAUGGAUGUACUUGUUGGCUGGAAUCUUCAAGGAAACUGGAAUGGCCUUUAUAGUUUAUGUCUGCAUCAACUUGUUCUUUGGCAUCAACACAAUUGUCACUCAUUCAACUGUGUUUUUACUUCACCUGGAAAAGCCCACAGUUCAGAGCUUGUACGACCUCUGUGAAACUCUGAGGCAUGUUUUUCUGGUUUUCCCACAAUUCUGCUUUGGAUACGGCCUGGUCGAACUGUCACAACAUCAAGCUCUGAUGGGUUUCUUGAAAGCAUAUGGAGUAAUCUGCCCUGACACAACAUUCGAGUUGGACAGGAUAAGCUCAAAACUUCUUGGGAUGUUUAUCCAGGGGACAAUAUUUUUUUCAAUCCGCCUCUUGGUUGAUGAUGGGACAAUUCAGAAAAUUUGGUAUAAGAUAUUAGAGUAAGU